ACAAAUACACUUAUAGAAACAUACAGGAAGUGAGCAAAACUUGUGAACUGUUUCCCAUGCAACCCAUUUACACUGAAGGCACUGUGCAACAAGCUUCAAUGUGGAUUCAAUGCCGACUCUAAGCUCAGACUCUAAGUGUCCACGGCCUGAAAACAUCGGCCAAGGAAGCUCCAUAAAUGCCAACACUCUGGAAGAGUUUGCCCAAGAUCUGGCAGCGAUCAUAAUCCAGUCAUCUCUUAAACAAAUGGAAAAGCUGGAACCCGAGGUACCACAACCCAAUCAAACACCAGAGGUGUUAGCUGAGGAGUUGGUAUCAGCAAUCAUUGAGAUUGCUCUUAAAGAAGUUUGCAUACCUCAAUAUACCGAUGGUCUUAUAUCAAGCCGACAAGAGAAUGUUAAUACAUCAGGGGAAGAAGAGGACCUGUUGGAGCAAGAGAUGGUCUCAGUCAGGGAAUUACAGACCCCUAAAAACCCAGAGUCCAGCCAUCCACCUCUCUACCAGUCAGGUCUUCCUGCUGUAGGUUCCCUCGACUACCCAGAUGCCCCUCCGACAACCCCUCUCCUCCCUGAGCUUGAGAGGAGCAGGAGCAGUUUCGCUCGUAAGCUCAAAGGUGGACUAGCGAAGGUCUUCUUGCCCUCACCUCCUCCACCAACUCCAAAAGACAAGGAGGACAACUCAGAAAUCAGUGACACUCAAGUGGAGCUGAUGGAGCAUUUGAUGCAUUCUUUGUCUACAAAUGACCCAUCAGGAGACCGCGUGGAAGCCCAUGGGACCACUGUGGAUGCUUUCGCAGAGGUUCUAUCAUGUGACAUAUUAAGCUGGGUCUUGAGCAUGAAAAACAAGAAGCAGGUAUCAGAUGAGAGAGAUCUUCACAUGCUAGCCCAUCAACUGGCUGAAACAAUCAUCAACUCCUCCAUGGAUGAAGCUAAAUGCGAGCUCAUAUCUGAGGGGGGAGUAUCUGUUCAGGACUUAUGAAGUUACAGUUUAUUAGAAAUGUUUUACGGAGGUUAUAAAUGUAGAAUAAAGCAGAAUAGUUCUUCCCAAAGGCUAAAGGGGUCAAGACCAAAUGCAUGCUUAUUCUCUAAAGCAUCUUCCGUCAUAUUAAGGUUUUGGUUAAAUGCUAUUUAAUGAACCCGUUCAGCAUCAUUUUGUUUGCCGUGUGCAAACAUUUACUUUAAAGAAACCUAUGAUUAUUUCAAAAGAGAAUAUAUGUUUAGGGCAGUACAACAUCAGUCUUCUUCCUUUGUGAAACAUGUGGGUGGAACAUGUAAUGUCUUUUGAGUCAGAGAGCUGUCAUACGUGAAAGUGAUGUAAAAAGAUCACAGCGGUGCACAUAAACGGUGGUUUAUUGAUAUGUUACACCAACGUUUAUGUGCACCGCUGUGAUCUUUUUACAUCAUUUUCAUGUAUGACAGCUCUCUGGCUCAAAAGACAUUACCUGUUCCACCCACAUGUAAAAAGAUCACAGAGGUGUACAUAAAUGGUGGUUUAUUGAUAUUUUACACCAACUUUUGACAUAUUUUUUAUUUUCCCCCCAACUGGAAAAGCUUUAAAAGCUCUAGUACAUUCCACACAGGAAAACAUUUUUUUGUGACUCGCAGUCUCCUACGUUUACAUCCUGUGGAAGUUUUUGUUGUAAGUAACUUCCCAUGGAAAAAGUGACCAUAAUUUAAAAGUUUACAAAUAAUAAUAAUUCACUCAAUAUUUUUGAAAUUGUGGUUGUUUUAAAAUAUUCAAUUUUGAUUUUGGCCUCUGUUAAACUUAUUGCCUGAGAUAAACUAAUCUGAAUUUUUCAUAAGUUAAGAGAAAAAUAGCUAUCUAUGUACAUGACAAAGGAUAUUUACUGCUUCUAAUCUUAAACUCUCUACAACUCUCCAUCUACCGUAAGUUAAGUUUCAGUUAUAUUUAAUUUGCUGUUAUGUCCCACUGAUCUUUAGUUAUUCACUAGAUUGCUGAUAGGCUGUUGGUAGUACACAGUGCUGUGCAGUCACCAGACGCCAUAUUGGUACUCCCUAGUUAGACAGAUCAGAAUGUAAACAAUACGUGCGCAACAGCAGCGAACAACGAUAAUGUCCUCUUUUUCAAUUUUUUUUCUUUUUAAAAUAAAGAUAAAGUUAUCACUCUGACACACACUUGCUGUUUCAUAGCAUCAGUAGAUUCCUGUAAUUUAUGAUAAACAGGCGCAUCACAUUGCAUAUUCAGUAUUAAUACCAUAAAGUCUAUAAAUCAUGUAAUAUAAAAUAUUAUACAAAUCCAUCACUACAAAAUUAGUAGGUUAAUGGAGCAUAAUAAUACUGGUCAGAUAUUAAGAAUAUUACACAUCCACAAACACACACCCACACACACACAAACAAACACUAUCUGAUGAUGUGCCAAAUGUGCUAAAGUAAUGAUAUACAUGAGAUAUACAUGUUUUUUUUUUUUACAUUACAUGACAGGCAUUUUUAUGGUGCCACUUCCUAUAAAUGGGGAGUACCAAGAUGGUGGCAGCUGACUUCAGUUUUUUUGGCACAUCAGCAAUCCAGUGCUAAACGGUGAUCAAUGUUAUGUACCUGUAAACAUUUCUGUAAAUAAAGUUUUUUUGCUGAUUGCUAA